CCCCACCACCACAACACCCACGCCGGGCACGUGACCGACGCCGCACGCGCACGCGCCCCUCUCCCCUUCUUCCGAACCCGCGCUCGAUCUCUUCUCUAGCGCACAAAAAAGCCACAAACCAAAAUUCACUUCCGCGUAUAAAUCUCUUCUCCUUCACCCCCACUCUCUCUCUCUCUCUCUCUCUCUCUCUCUCUCUCGAUCCCGAUCUCUCUAUACCGCUAAAUCCACAACGAAGCCGAGUUCCCUCACGGCGAUCUCCAUCUCCAUCUCCACCUCCACCGAUCUCCUCCUCCUCUCGGAUCCGGCGAGGAGAUGGACGGCGCCGCCGCCUCCGCCGCCGCCACCGCCUCGAUCCGCGUGCCGUAUCGGCACCUCAACGAGGCGGAGCUCGAGCUCGUGCGCCUCGACGGGGAGCCCAACGGCGAAGCCGAAGUGGCGCCCUCCCGGGCCGUCCACGUGCCCUCGUCGUCUCCGUCGUCGUCCUCGUCGCGGAGCGCACCCGCCAUGGCGAAGCCGAGGAGCAGCGUGAAGACGCUGGUUCUCAGUUGCACGGUCGCGGCCGGGGUACAGUUCGGUUGGGCGUUGCAGCUUUCGCUUCUGACGCCGUAUAUUCAGACCCUUGGAAUACAGCAUGCCUUUUCUUCAUUCAUCUGGCUUUGUGGGCCAAUUACCGGCUUUGUGGUGCAACCAUGUGUUGGUAUCUGGAGUGAUAAAUGCACUUCAAAGUAUGGACGGAGGCGGCCUUUUAUUUUUGUUGGGUGUCUCAUGAUAUCGGUUGCUGUAACUUUAAUAGGCUUUUCUGCAGACAUAGGAUACCUUUUGGGUGAUACCUCUGAGCACUGCAGUACUUAUAAGGGCACAAGAUAUCGAGCUGCUGUUUUUUUUAUUAUUGGCUUUUGGAUGUUGGAUCUUGCUAACAAUACGGUGCAAGGUCCUGCCCGUGCUCUUUUGGCUGAUCUCUCAGGUCCUGAUCAGUGUAGUUCCGCUAAUGCUAUUUUUUGUUCUUGGAUGGCUGUUGGAAACAUCCUAGGCUUUUCAUCUGGUGCCAGUGGACAUUGGCACAGGUGGUUUCCUUUUCUGACAACACGAGCUUGUUGUGAAGCUUGUGGAAACUUGAAAGCGGCCUUCUUAAUUGCUGUGAUUUUUCUCCUGUCCUGCAUGCUUGUGACACUAUACUUUGCUAAAGAAGUCCCACUGGAAGCAAAUCACUCUCGGCAGUUAUCUGAUUCCUCUCCUCUACUUCACAAUCAAGGAACAGAGAGACAUGAAUCAUCACAUUCAAACUAUGAGAAGCUAACAAAUGGUCGACAUUCUGAAAGCAAUAUUGAGUCAAGUAACUCUCAUUUUGAUUAUUCUGAGGAUAUCAACUCCAAUAUAAGCAGAGACAACAGUGAACAUUUUAAUGAUGGACCUGGAGCAGUUUUGGUUAAUAUAUUGACAAGUCUAAGGCAUUUACCGCCUGGAAUGCAUGCAGUACUUCUAGUCAUGGCUCUUACUUGGUUAUCGUGGUUUCCUUUUUUCCUUUUCGACACUGACUGGAUGGGACGCGAAGUCUACCAUGGGGACCCAAAUGGGGAUUCAACUGAAAGGCAGUACUAUGAAAAUGGUGUCAGAGAAGGUGCAUUUGGUUUGCUAUUGAAUUCAGCUGUUCUUGGUGUCAGCUCGUUCCUUAUCGACCCUAUGUGCCGGUUUAUUGGUGCAAGAUUAGUCUGGGCGGCGUGCAACUUCAUUGUAUUUAUCUGCAUGGCAGCAACAACUAUAUUAAGUUGGGUAUCAAUCAGUAAUUACUCUAAUGGCAUUCAACAUGUGGUCGGGGCAAACAAGGCGGUCAAAAACGUGGCGUUGGUUGUAUUUUCACUUCUUGGAUUUCCUCUCGCCAUCACUUACAGCGUUCCAUUCUCUGUGACUGCAGAGUUGACCGCCGGAACGGGAGGCGGACAAGGUUUGGCCACUGGGGUUCUAAAUCUCGCGAUCGUCGUUCCUCAGAUGGUAGUGUCGAUUGGUGCCGGUCCAUGGGAUGCUCUCUUUGGAGGGGGGAACAUCCCGGCCUUCGCCUUGGCUUCCAUCUUCUCCCUCGCGGCCGGCAUUCUUGCAGUUCUCAAGCUGCCGAGACUCGCAAACUCAUACAGCUCCGUCGGCUUCCACGGAUUCGGUUAAUCUCCUGCUUGACCAUACAUUCAUAUAUUAAAGAGUUCUCAACGUCAGAUGCCGCAUUCCAUUCAGAUUUAUUCUUCUUCUUAUUAUUUUUUGCUCAUAAUUUACUUUUUGAAGUUAGGUCCGAAGUGCAUAGCCAUACAGAUCACUCCAUAUUGUAGGUUUUCAUGGGGAAAAAGGGUAGAUUAUAGGUUCAUGUACAUGACCGAACCUCGGUGCUAAGACUAUGAUAAUUUGCAUUACAUUCAUUAAACUUGUAACAUACCAAAAAUUUGGCGUUUCCUGAACAUGUGGGAAACGGCAAUAAACCAAUAAACUCUCUAUUUUUUCAAGAUUCAUUUUGGUAACGACA